ACCACACACAUACACACAACCUCUGCUCUCUCUCUCUUGACCUGUCCCGAAGCAUAACACAAGACUUGAAUUUGAAGCAGCAGCAAAUUCAUCAUGUCGAUCGUACUGCCGGAACUGCCGUGGGCGAAGGACGCCCUCGCUCCCCACAUCAGCGCCGAGACCAUCGAGUACCACUACGGCAAGCACCACGCCGCCUACGUGACGAAGCUCAACGCGGCCAUCUCCAGCAACGCCGAGCUGGAGGGUAAAAGCCUGGACGAGAUCAUGAAGACGUCCUCCGGUGGCGUCUUCAACAACGCCGCUCAGGUGUGGAACCACACCUUCUACUGGAAGUCCCUCAGCCCCAGCGGGGGCGGCGAGCCCACCGGGGCCGUUAAGGAGGCCAUCGAGGAGAAGUUCGGAUCGUUCGAGGCGUUCAAGAAGGCCUUCAGCGACACCGCCGCGGGGCACUUCGGCUCUGGGUGGGCCUGGCUCGUCAAGACGGAGUCCGGGGGAGUGGAUGUGGUGGGAACCCACGACGCGUCCAACCCGGUCAAGGAGGGAAAGGGCACCCCCAUCCUGACAUGCGACGUGUGGGAGCACGCGUACUACAUCGACUACCGGAACUCUAGGCCUGGGUACAUCGCUGCAUGGUGGAACCUUGUCAACUGGGACUUCGCCAACGAGAACUUGGCCAAGUGCUGAGAGAAGAGGGCCAACAGAGGGCGGGGGAUCUCCAUUCUAUCACAACCACAUGCAUCUCGAGAGAGUGGCGAUUUUAUUUGGUAGGAUAGGUUUGAAAAAGGGGUGGGAAGAGUUGCGCAUAAUCGAGCGGUCGAGGGGCAAAAGGGCGCUGGGAAGAAUGACGAAGGGUUUUUGUUCUCUCGAACUCUAGCGAAGCACGGUCGGGAGAAGAGGCCAGAGAACGCGGCAGGUCGAGCGGAAACCCAGGUUUUGGAGGUGAAUAGACUAAUAUUUUGACAAUUUCAACCGGAGUGCGUCCCCAUCACCAUCAUCGCCGAUUCGGUGUUGUGGCCUGUGCAGGGAAAUUCGGGGGGGGGGGCGUAGUGGUGAAAGCUGUGUGUGUCCAUCGUGUUCAGCCCACGCGAGUGCCAAAAGCCUUUUGAUUGUCGGCUGCCAAGUUUUUCUUGGUUGUCCUUUUUGCGUGAUCGUGAUCGUGAUCGUUCAUCGAGCUCGUUUCCGACACCAGCUGCGGUGAUUGCACGGAUAGACUUUCGGAUGUUGUUGCUGUUUUGGCUGCGUGUGGCGAGCAAUCACGGUUGACCCGCGUCGUGCCCACUGGCUUUCAGGGAAGGUGGUGUGUUGUGGUUCGGAGGCGAUCUAAUCUGCUGUCUCUUCUGACGAUCAUCUUGUUAUGUGCCUGCUUGCCGCUUCUGCUGCCCUCGCCUUCUAAGGUUGGUGCGGAAGGCCGCUCUUCACGACGAGGAAGAUGGAUGACAUGACAACGAUAGAAAGUUGGACAACUGCUGUACCUUUUUUGUUGUUGUCGUUGUUGAAAACGGCUGAUACCUCCGAAAUGUUCACCGGAAAGAUCUUGACUGGCCCCAGAAUUGGGAUGAGACGAACACGCACACCCGGUUUGAAACAUCCCUAAAUUGCUGUACAGCACGUGAUACCGGGAACUCUCCUUGUUCCAGCCGAAAGGGAAAGGAGGCACACCUUCACACAUCACAUAUCCGUUUCUCUUUCUCUCGAGAGGUGCAGGCCAUAAGAUUCCGACACGCUUAGCAAUGGCGUUGCCAUCAGGAAGAAGAGGGACGAUCGACGACUGCACAACGACAGGAAGAGGAAGCGCAUAAAAAAAAAAAAUGAGACACGAUAUCUGCUCGCUCGUGGACACACGUACCAAGGAGAAGAGAUGAUUCCAUCACCUGCGAAUGUAUCCUCGAACCACAUCUACCGUGGGUGUUUAUCAAUUGGGUGCACGACAAACAGCCAACCACACAACGCUGCAACACAGACACCGAAAUUUUUCGAAUUCGGCACGCGCACGAAUUCCAGACUCACGACACGCCAAAAAAACAUCCGUACCACCAGCCACCACCACGCUUGUUACGUUUGAGCCAUGCGCUACAUGUUGCCACAAGACAAUUAUUUUAUCGCCCAAAUCACGCCCAGGUACCCUCCUCAUCGUAAACUUCCUCGGAGCCCCCUCUCGCACCCCCCCUCCCGCCGCCAACGAAAGGAUNCCU